AUGCCAACGUGGUCGUCCCGUAUUUUGAGCCCGUCGUCGCCGACUUCGAACCCUAGUCACGCGCGUGCUUCUCAUCGCACCAUUGAUACCGAUCGAAGCGCCGCCUUUGCUAUUGAUUACAAUGUUCCCGUCCUUUCUACACCGCCAGGUCCGAAUCGGUCCCAUAGACGUUCCCUCAGCCAGCCGUUUCCCUCGCUGAUACCCAUGAAUGCUAGGAAGGGCGAAAGAAAAGUAACAAAGGACGACUUUCUGGAUUCGGACGAUGACGAUGACGAUGGUGAUGCAAUAUCAUAUGUACCUGAACCGAAAUCACAUAGUCCGAGGAAGGGGUGGACCCCAGCUGAGGAUGUGGUCAGUGGCAAGUGUAUGACAUGCAGUUCGGCGGUUCGAUGGCCUAAAGACCGUAAAGUCUUUAGGUGUACUAUUUGCUUGACGGUCAAUGAUUUGGAGCCUUGUUUGACUACCAAUGAUCAUAAAAUAGAUGAUGGCAGACCACCCACGCCUCCUCCCAAAGAUGGAUCUUUCGAACCAAAACUACCAGCUACUCCAUUAUCUGUCGAAAAAACGAAGGAAAUAAUCGACAAUUGCCUGCUGGAGUUUCUACAGCGUCGUUUGGCUGGAGAUCAAGGGCAGCAGUUUUCCCUUGUGGAACCAUCGUUUCGCCAGAUCAACCACCCUCAACAAGGCAACCCCGGACCUCUGAAACAAGGAAAGACAGCUUCCCACAACCACGACGAGAGAAAACAUAAUGCGGGUCUCUUAGGACCUUUAAAUACCAUGACGCACGGAAACGAGCGAGUUGUGAGGCUUCGGUCUAGUUCCGAUACCCCGCCUAUACGACGAAAUGGCCGCUCGCCGCAAGGUCAAGAUCGCUCGCCUCGUGGUGGCACAAACACAAGAAAUUUAGAACAAAGGUCUAGGUCUGAAACUCGGCCAUUGAUCUUCCGGCAGCUAGAGGACUACAUAAUCAAGUCGUUCACAGGCUGCGACUGUCUUAAUAACUCAUUUCUGACACCAGGUCCGACGCGGAGAACCGUGAGCGAAGGCAUUUAUACAAGGAGCCAUGCGGAUAUGUCAAUUCUCACUGCUUCGCAUGAUGCCCCGGAGUUUGAGCUCGAUCCCAAAAUGUUACUUUUGGGUGAUAUUGCCGAGAAUUCUUCGUGGUGGGUUGGUGGCAGACCCCGUCGUCAUGAGAUACAAGAUGCUACAGUGCCAGGCAGACCUGGUCCUCGCACAUCAAGGUCCCGUGUAAACUCAAAGUCUCCACGAAUUGACUGGGAUGGCGUCGUUGAAUGGUAUCAACUGAUUUUAAACGCAGGCGAAUCAUGGAGAGAUUUCUGGUCUACAUUGACCAAGAAUGAGCUGAUUCUCAAGGAACUGAAGCCGGAACUUGCCAAGAUGAUUGAUAGAGAGAUCGCGGAGGCGCGUGUUCACGCUCAAAGGACAUUGCUGAAAGCGACUGAAAAUCUUCUGAAACGCCCUCGUCGUCCAUUACCUCGUCCUGAAUCGGCUAGAUUUCUGCUGAUAUUACUGGAAAACCCAUUCCUGGCAUCUAAAAGCACACCAACGACGCGAAACCUCAGCCCAAGUGGCGCGAAUAAUGAUCUCGUGUCGAUUCGUAAUUUUAGCAGACCGCGCGAGACUGGGGAUCGACGAGAGACAUCUGGUUCAGCCCCAUCAAAGCCCAGGGGCCUUUCUGAUCAUUCUGGCAUUGUAAAAAGGAUUUUGGGUCUUGUCUCCAACCUUCCGGAUGAUUGUCAUCGUUACUUUGUCGGCUGGUUCGCUCGUUAUUCUCAUGGUCAAUAUGAAAGAUUUGUUAGUCUUGUUGGCCGGUUUCUUACCUAUCGAUUAACUCGACAGCGUGGCCGCCAACGCAGCGGAUAUGUGCAGCCAACCAAUGGGCUUGUCCCCAACCUUCCAGGAGAUAUCGAAACUUCCCAUGCCCAGCUUCAUGCAGUGCUCAGUGGGUUAUCUUCAGACCAAGGAAGCGAGGGAAAUAAGAAACUCAAAGUUUACACGGAAGAUUGGCAGAUACGGGCAGCUGCUAGGGUGAUGGCAUUGCUGUUUGCAGCAAACAAUGCCAAUGUCUCUCGAAGGCGUGAUGCCAGCAAUCAAAAUACCCCGGUGACAUAUUUUUCGCAGGAUAGAGAAAAAUCAGUAUUGCCUUUGAACUUUUUUUAUAACACUCUCCUAGACUAUUCAGAUCUGGUAUCCGAUUUCGAGUCAUGGGAGUCACGGACUGCAAAGUUUUCGUUCUGUCAAUAUCCAUUUUUGUUGAGCAUUUCUGCGAAAAGCCGUAUUCUAGAGCAUGAUGCUCGUCGCCAAAUGACGAUCAAGGCACGAGAGGCGUUCUUGGACAGUAUCCUCCGACACAAGGAUGUCAGUCAAUAUUUGAACCUCAAAGUUCGUCGAGAUUGUUUGGUUGAAGAUAGUCUCAGAGGUGUCAGCGAAGUAGUUGGUGCUGGACAAGAGGAGAUCAAAAAGAGCUUGCGUAUCGAGUUUGUUGGCGAAGAAGGAGUCGAUGCAGGCGGUCUUCGCAAGGAGUGGUUUCUACUGCUUGUUAGAGAGGUUUUUGACCCUAAUCAUGGUCUAUUUGUUUACGACGAAGACUCGCAAUUUUGCUACUUCAACCCUUUUUGCUUUGAAUCUUCGGAACAAUUUUUCCUGGUUGGAGUCCUUCUUGGACUCGCAAUCUACAAUUCGACCAUUCUAGACAUUGCGUUACCACCGUUUGCCUUUAAGAAGCUCCUCGCGGCUGCAUCACCUGCAAACAUGCCAGCAACAACACCAAAACAACCCCAUACUUGCACCUUGGAUGACCUCGCUGAAUACCGGCCAACGCUAGCAAAGGGACUCCGGGCACUCUUAGAAUAUGACGGCAACGUACAGGAGACGUUUUGCUAUGACUUUGUUGCACGCGUAGAUCGCUAUGGUCAACAUGUCGAGGUUCCUCUUUGCUCCGGGGGCGAGAAACGGCCGGUGACGAACUCGAAUCGACAGCAAUUCGUCAACCUGUACGUCCAUUACCUCCUCGACACUUCCGUUCAAAAACAAUUCGAACCGUUCAAGCGAGGAUUCUACACCGUCUGUGGCGGAAACGCAUUCUCCCUCUUCCGACCCGAAGAAAUCGAGCUCAUGGUCCGAGGCUCCGAUGAGCCUCUUGACGUCCCCACACUCCGUGCCGUAGCCACGUAUGAGAACUGGCCGACCAAGGACGCCGCCGCAGAAUCAGAUCCCGUCGUGACUUGGUUCUGGGAGUUCUUCGCCCGUUCCAAGCCAUCCGAUCAGAGAAAACUUUUGUCGUUCGUCACCGGCAGCGACCGCAUUCCUGCCACUGGUGCUGCCAGUCUGAGUAUCAGAUUGGCUUGUCUUGGGGAAGACUGUCCUCGCUAUCCAAUUGCACAUACGUGUUUCAAUAAAUUGGGCCUGUUCCGGUACGCCACUAGAAAGAAGUUUGAGCAGAAGUUGUGGGGUGCGAUAUUCAAUAGUGAGGGUUUUGGACUGCGGUAG